GCGUAGGUUGUAUGGUAAGUUUAGUUUAACGUGGUAUUCUGCGUCGGGGGAUAAAGAACCUAACUUACUAGCAUUGGUAAAACUACGGAAUUGUUGUGCGAUUUGCCGUGUUAGCCAUAACGGCAAAAUACACGUAACAAUGGAGAAUAACGAUAAUGAUUCUACACCAGAAAUUGAACAAGUGAGUGGUAACGAAACACCAGAAUGGGUGGAUUCAAAAUGUGUUUUCUGCAAGCAAGAACUGAAAGAGGGCAACGAGCCAAGGUUGCUGCCUUGCCUCCAUGGUGCGUGUAAGGCUUGUGUUUCGGCCGAAUCGGUGCCCAGCCCCGCGUCCGUUUCGAACUACUCGACGCCUGCAACCAAGCCAGUGACUUGCCCAUCUUGUAAGGAAGAGAUCAACCCAGAUAGUGUUAUUGAUCACCUUUUUAUUCUUGAGAAUAUUGCCCAAGCAAAUGAAGCUUUGGAAGGAGAUGAUAAGAAACCACCGUGUUGCACAAGCUGUGAGGAUAGUGCACCAGCAUCUGGGUUUUGCACCGACUGCCAGGAGUGGCUGUGUGAAACUUGUGUUCAAGCUCACCAACGGGUUAAAGUUACCAAAGAUCAUAGUGUACGCCCACGUGAUGAAAUGGAAGGAGAGAAAACUUCAGGCCUCGAUCAGAAAUAUCUUUUUUGCCCUGUACAUUCAAAGGAACCGUUGAAGCUGUAUUGUGAAAGCUGCGACAAGCUGACGUGCCGAGAUUGUCAGCUUUCAGAGCACAAGGACCAUAAAUACCAGUUUCUCUCGGCUGCUUGUGAACAACACAAACUCUACUUGAGUACUCUUCUGACCAAAAUAAAAGAGAAACAAAAUUACAUUGAAAAUGCUCGGUCUCUGAUUAGUAAGAGACAGGACGAGGUGACAGAGCGAGAGAAAGAAGUUACACAGGAAAUUAAGAUGUUUGCUGUAAAGUUUAUCACAGAAAUUAAUCGACGUGGUAAACUUCUGCUACAAGAACUAAAUGAAGUUUGUAGUCGGAAGAAGAAACAGCUGACAAUGAAGAAUGAAGAACUUGUAUCACUCUCCAAAAGAUUACAUCAUUGUCAGCAGUUUGCUGAUGCUGUGAUUACAAAAGGGAGUGACAUAGCUCUUGUGUACAGCAAGAAGUCUUUAACUGGGCAGCUGAGACACGUUCUUCGACGACGCUGUGAAGUCCCUAACCCUCAACACAUGGUUGACAUUAAAUUUGCCUACGAGUCUCAGUUCCUGAGUGAGUACAUAAGCCAUCUUGGCUGCUUAAUGGUUGACCAGCAGCCUGUUGGCGGGUUACUUCCUGGUGGGAUGGGCAGAGGCCAGCAGGCAGUCAACCCUUCCAUGAGGAUGCAGGCACAGGUAACAGCAAAUAACCAGCCUGUUUGUACACUCAGUAGUGAGAGGCCAAAACAAAGAGCAUGGUCUGGCCCAAGACAGCCAUACAAGCCUAGAGGAAUGAUUCCUUCUCAAGGGGUUCGACCUCCACCUUCUUAUGGUAACAUUUCUGGAACUGGCAUGGCUGUGAGACCCCGUGGCCAUAUGAUGGCCCAGCCUCCCAACAAAGGCUACCCCCAGCAACAGGUGUCAUCCUCUACUCAUCCUAACUUGGCUGGUCAUUCUCCUGUCCAGCUGAGAAACCUCUUGAGUACAAGUCAGCAACAGGUCAUGUCUCCCCGUUCAAACCAGACCCCUGCUAAUUGGCAACAGCGUAUGCCUGGAAACCAAGUUAGGGGCCCCAGUCCUCAAAUGGCACAGCAGACAAGACCAUACCCUGUGCAGCUCCGCCAAGCAAACCCUCAGACAUCAUCCCCGUCACAAGUUCCUCCAGUCUCAGUGGCCAUUUCACUCCCUGUGUCAUUGAAUUCUAACAUUACCAUUUCUCCUAUAAAAACGUCUGUAGUUAAUAACAGACAAAGCAGUCAAGCACAAGGCCAAAGACCAAUUGUUCCUCGAACAAAUUCCCAGUCCAACCAACAGAAGUCUCUUCCUCUCUCAACACCGAACCUCCCACCAGGGCUGCAGAUAUUGCCUCACCCAGCACCUCGUCAGCCGUCGCCCUCACAAGUGAUUGUUAUAGAUGAUGAUCCUGCACCUGUAACGACCUCUCUCUCGGCGCACACCCGUAAUAUGUCAAAUACGUCAAGGUUAAGCCACUUCCCCUCAGAACACGCUUCUUCUGUCAAAAGGAUGAAUCAUCAACCUUCGCAUGACAACCGCAUGCAUUCAUCACCUGUUAUGCAUCACAUACCUAACAGACCUAAUGGUGCACCAAGUACCAACACACUACCACCGUACAUAGUACCAGCAACAACUAUAAAUCCGGUGCCAAGUCCAAUACACAGGACAACUCCAGACAGUGUUAGCCUAACAACACCCCCAACAACAACAGUUCAAAGUCAUGAUGGAACUUCUGGGGGUAGUGUUCUUAUUAAGGAUGAAGCCAAAUCUCCAGCUGACCAGAUGCCUUCCUGUAGCAUUCAAGGAUGCCCUCCCAAGGAAGAAUCCAUCGUUGACGCUGCUUCAAGAAUCUUGAGUGAAUUUGCAAAUCAAUCUAUAGGAAGUAUUUUAAAAGAUGAAGAUAAAGGGACAGCAGAUGAAGGAUCAUCGGAAAUAAAGUCAAAGGAUGACUCAAUAAGCCUGACAACCAGAAAUGAAGGCAGAAGGGGUUCAACACUGGCUGCUGAUAGCAGCAGUAGUCCUGUUCCUGUGGUUACUAUUGAUGAUGACCCAGUUCCAGAGCCUCCCACCUCAAACCCCAUUAUUGUGUCAGUAACCAGUGGAAUUGAAUCUGUUUUUACAACUGAAGAUACCCCUGUCAAAGAAACUAAUGUUGAAGACAAGCCAGCUAACAGUGGUGAGGACAGUGAUAAGACAAAUAGUUCCAAAGAGGAUGAGGUAGAGAAGAGUAAUGAAGAUAAUAAAGAGUUAGACAAGAGAGAAUCUGAUGAGGACAGCAAGCGAGAAUCCCAGGAAACAACUAGAACAGAACCUGAAGAGGUGAAUAGGAGGGAUUCUCAGGACACGAACUGUAGUGAAUCUCAGGACACAAGUAAAGGAGAUUCUUCCGAGUCAAGUAGAAAAGAGUUUAAGGAGAUAAACAGGAGAGAUUCUGAAGAAGAAACUAGAAAAGAUGUUGGUGAAAAGAGUAGGACAGAAUCUCAGGGGACUGUCAGAAGAAUUUCAAAUGAGAGCUCUUCAUCAUCUGAAAAAAUCUUAAAAGUGAAGAUAAAAAAAGAAAAGUUAGAUGACAUGAUGUUGCCAAUUGUUAAAAUCAAGAAAGAAAAGAUUGAUGAUAGUCCAAAGGAGAUAAACAAUGAGAAUCCAAGCUCUGAAGACAGUAGCAGAUCACUUUUAGAUGACCUACAAUCUUUGGAAGAUCUUUUAAAAACUAGCAGUAGUGGAUUAACAGUGAGCGAAGUGCGAGUCAAUAGCAGUGGGUUAGAAAUUUCAAAAGUGGAAAUGAAACCUUCUUCAGAAGAAAAACCACCACCUGUGAAAGAUGCAGUGGCUGUUAUCACUAAAACACUUAUCAAUGGCAAAGAAGAAAAGCAGCUGUCCACUUCUGAUAAAAAAACCACAGAAAAAACUCAUCAUCAAGAUGAUCCUAAUGAAGACUGGUGUGCAGUUUGUCAUGACGGAGGAGAAUUGUUGUGUUGUAGCAACUGCCCUCGAGUAUAUCAUCUUAAUUGUCAUGUUCCUGCUCUCCUAACAACUCCAAAUGAGGACUGGGCCUGCCUCAUGUGUACAGAUGUCAUAAAUGCAUCAUUUCUUCGAGAGUCCAGUGGAAGCAAGAGGAAAAAUCCAGUGGGUCUUUCUGGCCGUGACCUACUGUGCUGUGAAAAGAUAUUGUUGGAACUCCUUUGUCAUGAAGCCAGCUUACCCUUCCAUGAACCAGUUAGCAAGACUCAAGUACCCAACUACUACAAGGUUAUUACUAAACCUAUGGACUUGCUGACUAUCAAACAAAAACUUUCUCCCAAUCAUUUUAACCAUUAUGAAGAUGACGAGGAAUUCAUCUCGGAUACUCGUCUUAUCUUCAGCAACUGUUUUGUCUUUAAUCCAGAAGGAUCUACACUGUAUAAUGCUGGCAAGAUAAUUGAAGCAUAUUUUUGUGAUCUGAUAAAGAAAUACUUGCCUGAAAAAACUUUUGAAAUGAAAACUCAGCUAGCUGAAACUAAGGAUUCUACAUCUUCAGAUGGAGAAACUAACAAAGCUAAGCGACAGAGGAAGGAUUCUUCUGAUAAUUCACCAACAGAGUACUGACGUGAAGAAAAACGGAUGUUGUAACCUUUACCACUCUCUUUAUUAUUUAUUAAAUUUGCCUAUGUAACUGUUUCAACGGAGGAGGUCUGAGGGUCUGGGCAGUUGAUAUUAAGAAUAGGCCAGGUAGCACCAGAAGUUUUCAUCAGCACUCUUAUGGACUUACCGAGGAUCUUGUAGCAGAAUAAAACACAAAAGAACUGAAGAUAAAUUGUUGGGGAAAGUUACUAGAAUAGCUUGCUGUCUAAAACUUGAUAGAGGAAAUUGCUUAAAAAAUGUUGGUUUAACACAGAAAAAAUAUGUUUAAUGUAGAUAGUUCCAUGGGGUGAUUUAUAAAAAAAUACUUGUAACUUUAAACAAGUUGGCCUGGAGUAUCAGGGUAAUAUGUGCGCUAAAUAUUUCAGGAAGGUUUUUAAAAGGUUUUGUUGUAGUACGGAGAUGAAGAAGAAGAAGAAGAAGCUGAUUAGAGAAAAUUGUCACACCUCACAAAAACCAAUGAAUAUGAUACAUGGAUUUGUUAACUUGGACAGUUGGUUGAGGAUGUGUGUAUACUGUCUAAUUCACCUUUACACUUUUUAUGUGUGUUCAGAUCUAGAUAAGUAAAAAAAUUAAAACUUCAGUAUGUCCAUGUUCUGUAUGUUGGCACUGUAAGCUUCAUACUAGACAGUUUUUAUUGAUCACCUGAAAAAAAGAGAGAUGAAACAAAAUACUAGGCCUACCCGAGAAACCAUAUGUUUAUAGAAGUAUAUUCAGAGUCCUACUUGUUUCACUUGAUCAUUAAUUGUAAAUAUCAUACAUACAUACAUACACACAUAUAUAUAUAUAUAUAUAUAUAUAUAUAGCCAAUUGACAUUUACUUUAACUUUCAAUAACUUAGCUAAAGCACACACAAACUUACUAUAUAACUAUUAGUUCAAACGGUAGAUUACUGGAUUGUAUAUAUAUGUAUGGUUUAACAUUUGAAAAAGGUCAUGAGUUCACUAUGCUAAAUAACUAAAAGGUUAUACCUUUUUAUGGUUUAACAACUGAAAGAGCCCAUAAGCUCACGUUGUUGAAAAAGUGCAAGGUUAUACAGUCAAAUGGUUGAACAGCUCCAAAAAUCACGUGUUCACGUUUUUGGAUGAUGACAUGAAAGGUUACAUUUAUAUUGUUGAAAAAAUUAUAAAAAAAGACAUACAUUGUAACUAAAUGUUUAUUCAACAUUCUAGCUUUUAUUUAGAGAUAAGGAAAAUUAUCCUUAAUUUUAAAUUAAAGGUUAAUUGUAUUUUUACUGUAGUACAUUAAUGCUUAGAGCAAAAUAUUUCUACACAAAAUACAUCCAUAAUGUCAAUGAUAAUAUCUAUAUAGUCAUUAGUUGGUAAAAAUGUUUCUUGUUGUUGUUUUUUGUAGCAGAAAUUAUAAAAUUUCAUGACAUCUAGUAGUUUGGGAAUAAAAUAAAACAUGAAACUUUUAAAUCAUUAAAAUGUAUCUUGUAUCAUAUUCUAUAUAAAAUUACUAAACUGAACAAACCAUUAGAUGGAAAUUGGUGAAAAAAAAUAACUAUAAGCUAAAGCGAGAAAAGUAGUUGAAGCAAAUAUAAUUCCUAGUUAAACUAUUGUUCUUUAAAAUCAUUUUAUAAAUGAAGACCAUAGUAAAUAUGCACUUUGUUAUCCAAGUUUUGCCUGAUUACAUCCUAGCUUCUCGUUAUACAUCUUUAAUUUUUUUUUGCUUCAUCAUUGUUCACUUAUUUUCGCAUGGUUUUAAACUAGAAAUUCUCAAAAAUCUAAAUUCAAUAGAUUUAUAAUUUAUUGAAUAUUUAUAAAAAGAAAAAAUGGUAAAUUUCAAAGGAUACAACACAGACUGUAGGAAGUAUCAUGCAGGUUAUGUUACACAUGCAGGUUAUGUUACACAUGCAAAUGAAUUCAACAUCAUUUGCAUCAUAAAUAUAUGAUUGAAACGAUGCAGAAUACAUUUACAUCAUAUAUGUAUGUUUUAGAACUUUAAUGUGUUAUAAAUACAUCUAAAUUAUAUCUACAACUUUUAUAUUAAUAUUUACAAUAUCUUUAAACUGACAAAACCAAUUCUUGAUGUUUACUUUAAAACCUGACAAUUUUUUUCAUUGAUGGUAUUGUUGUCAACAAACUUGAUAUUAAAUUUUGUACAAAAUGACACAAGUAGCAGUUUUAGUUACUUGUCCAAAUUUAUUUAAAGUUUCUGGAUUAAGAUUAUUCCUUCAAGUUUAGGAUACUUCAGGCAUUUCUGGGCACAUGAUCUGAUAUUGGGUUAUUUUAUAACCUUUUUGUUUGCUUGUAAUUACCAUCUUAUUACCAUUGGUAAGUGAUGCACCUAAGUUACCAAAACUUCCAGUUUUGAAGUUCAUUUAUCAAAUUGGAGUGCGAGUAUCAAAAAUACUUUAUAGUUAUCUUAUGUGUUUUGAAAAUGUAUGUCUAGUUUUACAAAUAUAAUAUUUUAAAUACUUAUACAGAAUCUUUAGUAAAAAUUAAAAAGAUUUGACUGGACUUUUAAACCUAUAUAGGAAGUUUGAUAUCAGAAUGUUUGUUUUUAUAACCAACAAAUUUAGGAGUAAUUAGUUAGAACUUCAGCUGAUUGAAAGAUAUAAAAAAGGACCAUAUUCAUGCUUCUAAAAACGUGUACAUUUGGUUACUCUAAAAAAGUAGUUUUCAUCCAGCAAAAGGUGAAAGAAAGGUUUUUUUAAGAAUGGCAGCAAGUGAUAUGUUUAUAGCAUGCCUGUAAUAAUGAGAAUUGAAAUACGGAAAGUGUCUUGUAUUAGACGGUUCGAUAAUCAUUGAUCAUUCUUUAGUUUUCAGUUUAAAAGUUUUGAAACGGCUGGAGAUAAAUGUAGUGUUACAAUAUAUUAAUUCAAUUGACAGAAAUGAAGGGAUUAAAGAGUUGACCAAUGACAUAGCCUGAAAAAAAUAUAACAAAACAUUCAGAUAUAUGUAAAACUACCAAAGCAUAUUAUUUUGUUACCUUGUAUAGUAGUGUGACCUUUAUCUAUUGGCUAACCUUCAGAAGAAACUUGAAUUACAAUUAUUUCUGUUUAUCUUGGGUCUCUCAAAGCUUAGAAUUUAACAUGUUUUUUGUAGUAAAUCACCAGGCUGGUAAUGUCAGAAAUCGACUAGCCCGUCAUGGAAAAGAGCCAGUGGUAGAACAUAUUCAGUUUCUUGAAGAAAGUUAAUUAAAUGCAAAACUGAUGUGUUGUUGAAUGCUGCAGCUAAAAAGAUAAAUUUAUAAAAUAAUCACCUUUCUUUAAUUAUAUUUUUUUUUCUCCAAAGAUUAGCGAUAGGGAGCUGAUAGCUUUAGUUAAGUUUUAAUUCAGACAAAAUUUGACAAUUGGGGAUUUUAUUAGCCGAAAAGAACAACGUCUUAGCUUUUAGUAGCUGCGUGAAUUAACUUAUGAAAUUCCAAAAAUAAGAUAUAGGAAAAAAAACCAAGAACACAAAUAUAGCAAUAGUUUCUAGGCUGUGAUGCAUGUGGGUAUUAUUUUGUAAGCAAUGAAAUGUCUGGUCUACUGAAAUUUUCACUAGCCAUUCGAACUACUCAAAAUUGCUGAAUUUACUAAUUAACCUUUGGCUAGUUAACUACCACUACUGUUGAGCUCUGUCUCUUCCAUUUAUACCUAUUUUCAUUGAACUUGCUCUAUUUUCAGCAGAUGAAGUGUGAACAAACUCAAGUUCAUAAUAAUAAUUAUAACACUAAGAAUCUUACUUCAGAACUAGAGAACUAAGAAAAUUUUAUAGUGGCCUACCACAUUCAACAUUGUAUGAUCAUAUCUCUGACAUUACAACUUAAGUAACUCCCACAUGUGUGUAGUGUAUGUUGAUCUACCACAUUCAACAUUGUAUGAUCAUAUCUAUGACAUUACAACUUAAGUAAUCCCCACAUGUGUGUAGUGUAUGUUGAUCUACCACAUUCAACAUUGUAUGAUCAUAUCUGACAUUACAACUUAAGUAAUCCCCACAUGUGUGUAAUGUAUGUUGAUCUACCACAUUCAACAUUGUAUGAUUAUAUCUCUGACAUUACAACUUAAGUAAUCCCCACAUGUGUGUAAUGUAUGUUGAUCUACCACAUUCAACAUUGUAUGAUUAUAUCUCUGACAUUACAACUUAAGUAAUCCCCACAUGUGUGUAAUAUAUGUUGAUCUACCAAAUUCAACAUUGUAUGAUUAUAUCUCUGACAUUACAACUUAAGUAACCCCCACAUGUGUGUAGUGUAUGUUUAUGAAAAUAAAUUUUUCAAUUUUUGUUUUAUAAUUUA